GUGAACUUCCGGCCUGGAAGACAUUUUUGUCGUUCCGAGGGUAAACAGCAAGCCCUUCACUCGAGCCGUCUCAACGCGAAUUCAACACGGUUUUUAAUCCCCCUGACAAAUACCAGUUUACGUGUGUUUUCAGGCAAAAUCUGCAAAAAUGUUUUACACAUGUGGACCCAAUGAAGCCAUGGUCGUCUCAGGCUUUGGCCGCUCUCCUCCUUUAAUGAUUGCAGGAGGACGAGUUUUCGUCGUUCCAUGUAUUCAGCAGAUCCAGAGGAUCACUCUGAAUACGCUGACUCUAAAUGUGAAGAGUGACAAAGUGUACACCAGACAUGGUGUCCCCAUUUCUGUUACGGGCAUUGCUCAGGUGAAAAUCCAAGGCCAGAACAAAGAGAUGCUAGCCACGGCCUGCCAAAUGUUCAUGGGCAAAUCGGAGCCUGAAAUUGCCCAGAUUGCCUUGGAGACGCUGGAGGGCCACCAGAGGGCUAUCAUUGCUCACCUAACUGUGGAGGAGAUCUACCAGGACCGCAAGAAGUUCUCUGAGCAGGUUUUCAAGGUGGCCUCUUCCGACCUGGUCAACAUGGGGAUCGGGGUGGUCAGUUACACUCUCAAGGAUGUCCAUGAUGAUCAGGAUUACCUCCACUCUCUGGGCAAGGCCAGGACAGCCCAAGUGCAGAAGGACGCCAGGAUCGGAGAGGCGCAGUACAAGCGGGACGCUGUCAUCAGGGAGGCCCAGGCUAUGCAGGAGAAGGUGUCUGCUCAGUACAAGAACGAGAUCGAGAUGGCCAAAUCCCAGCGGGACUACGAGCUGAAGAAGUCAGCCUACGACGUGGAGGUCAAUACCAAGAAGGCGGAGUCAGAAAUGGCCUAUCAACUUCAGGUGGCCAAAACCAAGCAGCGCAUUGAGGAGGAAAAGAUGCAAGUGCAAGUGGUGGAGCGCAGUCAGCAGAUCAUGCUGCAGGAGCAGGAGAUUGUCCGCAAGGAGAAGGAGCUGGAGGCCAAGGUCAAGAAGCCCGCUGAGGCUGAGAAAUAUCGUCUGGAGAGACUGGCAGAGGCGCAGCGCCUUCAGCUCAUCAUGGAGGCCGAGGCUGAAGCAGAGUCCAUCAAAAUGAAGGGCGAGGCUGAGGCGUUUGCGCUGGAAGCCAAAGGUCGCGCCGAGGCCGAGCAGAUGUCCAAGAAAGCUGAAGCCUUCAAGCAGUACGGAGAAGGCGCCAUGGUGGACAUGCUGCUGGAGAAGCUGCCUAUGAUGGCCGAGGAGAUCAGCAAGCCGCUGUCGUCGGCCCAGAAGAUCACCAUGGUUUCCAGCGGCGGCGCGGACGUCGGCGCCGCCAAGCUGGCCGGUGAGGUUCUGGAGAUCAUGACCCGCGUGCCAUCAGCGGUGGAGAAGCUCACCGGGGUGGACAUCUCCCAGGUUACGAGCACGCCCCUUCGCGUGCAUUAAGACAACAUCACGCCUCCGCCUCCCGGUGCCUCAAUGACCACAUCUGUGACGCCAACCCUCCCUCGCGUGCAUGUGAACCUUUCAUAAAUAUCUCAGUCAAGCUUUGUAUGUGGCAGGGUCCGUCGGUAAAGUACGCGUAUCGGACGAUACGAUUUUGCUUCAUGUUUAUCGCCCGCUCCAUGUAUGCUGUAUUAAGUCUGUGAAAUAGAUUACGUAGUGAACAUUAUUACACCCGACUGAGCUCUGAAUAUGUGGGAAAGAGUCGGAGAGGGCCUCACUGAAAAGACAAAGAAAGGCAUAGUAUUAUGCUAUUGACCUGGAAUUUUCAGUAAUAGUCAAAACAUUUCGUAGAUUAAGAAAAUGUCGUUUAAAGUGUUUAAAAGUCAGAAUCUUUAGAAAUUUUAAUUGUGAGGAACGAUAAAGUUGAAUAGGUUCACAAUUUAUUACUGUAUAAUAGAUUUGAAGGUGUUUUGAUGACUAUGCAAGUAUUCAAAAUAAAAUUAACAUUUGAAUUGUUGAAUUUUCCCACUAUUUUAAGUUUCCUUAUAACAUUAUGUGCUUUAACGAAUGAUUUUUUUUUUUUUUUUUUUUUACCCCUUUGAAAUUUAACAUGUACCUUUUGAUGGUGAAUUUUUUUUUUUUUAAAUUAUAAAUGUAGUCCCAAAAGAUUACAUAAUUGGAACCCACACAAUCAAUACUUUUUUCCUGUCGUAAGAAACGCUAAAAAUGGUAGAAACGAAUGUAUUUAAACUAUUCACCCCCUUUUCAGUGUGGCCUAAAUCCUCUUUAAUAAAUCCCCGCUACAAUUGAAGGAUUUAACUAUGAACACUAGACGUCCCAUUCAUUUACACUGGCUCGCUGUGAAUGCUAGUUUUCAUGCCAUUGAUGGCGCUUUAGUCCAAUCCAUUGUGACCGCCAUCAAUAGCAGCCUAUGAGUUAAUUUAGAGGUCACGUAAAAGGAAGUGGUUACUGGGCACGAGAAGGUGCAUAUGUUUUACCUACGAAAAGCAAAAGGAAGUGUUCUGAAUAGUUAAUGGAUAUCAAUGUUACUAACCGAGGCGCGCUGGUUUCAAGACUAAUCGUCCACAUUUAUGAUGAUGUAGUUUGUUUUUUCUGUACAUUUUUAUCACUUUACUAACAACCCAAAGCUGGAUGCAUGCGUCACGCCGCCAAGUGCCUGCUAGCUUCAACUCCUUAUCAAACCUCAGAGCUCGUGCGUUCAGGGAAGAAAUUUCAUGUUUGACUUGGGUUGCAAAGCAGCGGUAAAUUUCCACCAAUCAAAACUCCGCAACCCAACCAAGCCAUAAUGCUGCCACUACGGAUGCCUCUUUUCAUUGUAACCCUUUUUAAAUGUCUUUACGUGUGCUUGUUUUCAGCAUGUGUAGUGUUAAAUGUUGAGCAUUUAUCUGUAUUCAGAGGAAAUUCUACAAAUAAAGUUACGAUUCCA